CAAGUGUAUAAUUUUUCAUCAGAGAGUAAACACUGCUCUAAGCCACCACGGCUCUUGCCUUAUCGGGCAUUGCUGUAAUCUUACCGAGGCUAGAAGCUAAAAGUUAGUGUUGUACCAAACGCCGAGAUGGAUGAUCAGAAAAUUGACGAAGCGUUCCAGUUAGCUACCACUCUCACGAAACAGUGUGGCUCCAUUGUGUUGGAAGGCUUCCGAAAUGCUUCAAAAGCUGUGAAAUGCAAGGAAAAUCAUUGGGACGUGGUCACCGAGUAUGACCAGAAAGUGGAGGAUGUGCUUGUGAGAGGUUUGCUUGAACGUUUCCCAGAUCAUCGUAUGCUUGGCGAGGAGAGUACAACUGAGGCGAACCUGAGAGAACCACUAGAUGAGAGACCGACGUGGAUUAUAGAUCCGAUCGAUGGAACCAGUAAUUUCGUGAGGGGAGUUAAGUUCAUCGCAAUAUCGGUUGCUCUAGUUGUUGGUGGUGAUUUGAAGAUUGGCAUCGUAUAUAACCCUUGUUUAGACGAAUUCUACUCGGCUGUCAAGGGUAAAGGAGCAUUUUUGAAUGGAGAGAAAAUUAAAACUAGCGGAAUAGAAGAGCUCAAACAAUGUCUGGUCGCGCACGAGUCAUCAAUCGCUAGUUAUGCAACUGCUCGUCCUUAUGUGUUUGGUCGUGGAUUGGAAUUCAUUAAGGAAUGCAUUGGAUUACGGGCAUUGGGAUCAGCUGCCCUAACAUUGGCUUACAUUGCUAGUGGAAACCUUGACUGCUAUGCUAUCGAUUACCUUCAACCGUGGGAUAUCGCUGCCGGAGCCCUUCUGAUUCAAGAAGCAGGAGGCGUUGUUAUAAAUAUCAACGGGGGAGAAUAUGAUAUUCUCAAGCCAGAUGUGAUUGCGGCUGGCAGUGAGAAACUGGCUCAGCGUGUUUUGGAGGUAGUCCGGAAGGUUGAAGCUGACGUAGUCAGAGGAUAACAGUCAUAGAUUACAACAAAAUAUGUGUAUUACAAUGUAUUGUUUAUAAAUAAAAUCAAACUUUCCAA